UUAAAUUAUUAUCGGACACUCAAUAGCAGUAUUUUAUUAUAAAAUUACUUGGAGACAUUUUGGGUCAACAAAUAUGUCGGAAAACAACUGUGAUUUUUUCGAAAGUAAAGAUUUUAGCUAACUCUUUUUAAAUUUAAAUUCUUAUUUUUCAAAAUAAAGGACGGUAUUUCAUAGUCCGUUCUUAUAUUUAAGACUGUCUUAAGUACAAAGUCUUUUAAGAUGCUUUUCUCUUCUUAAGUUUAGUCGGAUUCAUAAUCAAAUCUUGAUGGUCUUAUUUGAAUCAAAUAAGAUCGUGUUUAUUAGAAAGUAAGGUUAUGUUUUCAAGUCAGUUGUACAUGACUUUAAGAUAAGCUUUAAGGCGGGAGCACAGACUUUUGCAUAAGGCAUAAAGCAGGGAGCAUAACGUAACGUUCGUCAACGCACAAACUUGUGCAUAAGACUUUAUAAUAUUCUAACCAUAUAGUUGACCAUCGAAUGCUACACUCUCGCAAUCACAUAAAAUUGAUAUACGGUGAAGUGAAACAUCAAAAGUUUAGGAUAAAAAUUAUAUUAAAAGAUAAUUCAAGACAGUGUCAUCACCACGCGCGUGUCAUAUAAAUGUAAUUAUAGUGGAUGAGUUUCAUAAAUCUCUAUUGAAGACAAUAAUUUACAAAUUUCUUCUUCAAAUUCUUUUGUGCAACUAUAUUCCAAGAAUAAUUGGAUCAGUAGUACCAGUGUUUAAGUUAGUUUAAGAAGAGCCUGGAAGAUUAAGUCUAGAUAUCCUUUCAAUAAUGAUGUUCAACUUCUACAUAAUUGGACAUAAGACAUCAUGGAUGUGAAUUACAUGGAAGAAGAUUUUCUUAUUUUAUCUUUUUUACAAUUGUGCUUAUUGCUGUUAUUAGAAGAAAGGAAUCGAAAAAAGAGAUGGUUAAAUAGGAGAUGGUGGGUGAGACCCAUCAACGUUGCACGUCCUCUGUAUGGGGACUUUGAACAUCUCUUUAACGAAUUGAAAUAUAAUGAUAUCGAUGUAUUUUUUCGAUAUGCAAGAAUGAGGAAAGAAACGUUUAAUCAUUUAUUACAAAUGACAAAGCCUUUUUUAACUAAAUUGAGCAAAAGAGCUUUUAGUCCAGAACAACGAUUGAUCAUAACUCUGAGAUAUUUAGCAACUGGGGAUCAAAUAUUGUCUAUUGCCCUAGCUUUUAGAUGUGGAGAGUCAACAGUCCGAAAAAUUAUUCAUGAAACUUGUUCAGUAAUAGUAAAAAUAUUGCAACCAAUUUACCUUCGUCUACCAAGAGAAGAAGAAUGGAAAAAUAUUUGCACUGGUUUUCUGGAAAAUUGGAAUUUUCCUCAUUGUGUUGGAUCAUUUGAUGGGAAACACGUGGAAAUACAAGCUCCGCCAAAUUCUGGAAGCUUAUUUUUUAACUAUAAAAAGACAUUUAGUAUUGUAUUGAUGGCUGCAUGUGAUCACAGAUAUAGAUUCACAUUAGUCGAUGUAGGUUCGUAUGAUGGUAAUAGCGAUGGUGGAAUUUUUACUUCUUCUGAUAUUCAUUCGGCACUGCAAGAAGAAACAUUAAAUCUUCCUAAAGGAUUCGCAAAUCUUCCUGGAAGCAACGUUAAAUUGCCAUGCUUUUUUCUCGGAGAUAGCGGUUUUCCCAUCAGUAGUAUUAUGAUGCGACCUUACGCUGGAAAAUUACAUGAUGAAAGAAAAAAAAUAUUUAAUUACAGAUUGUCUAGAGCCAGACGUACAAUAGAAAACACUUUUGGCAUCUUAUCUUUACGGUGGAGAAUUUAUCGAAAACCGAUUAAUAUGCACCCUAAAUAUAUAGAUAAAAUUGUCAUGGCGACAAUAUGUUUACAUAAUUAUAUAAAGUUUGAGGAAGAUCUUAUGCAAACGGAGAAUAAAAUAUAUUGUCCUCCUAAUUUUAUUGAUUCGGAAGAUGCAACAGGUAACGUUAUUCCUGGAGAGUGGCGGCGAUAUACUCAAAAUGUAUUUAAAGACAUCCCUCCUACUUCAACGCAUAAUGCAACUGCAGUUGCAUAUAGACAAAGAGAUACAUUGGCUGAUUAUUUUUUAACGCCACAAGGUGAAGUUCCAUGGCAAUAUCAGUAUAUUAGAAGAGGGCUGCAUCACGAUGAUCCAUGAUAAAAUAUUCAAUACAAAUUAUAUUUUUAUUUU